AUGGCAAACGCGCUUUUAUACAAUGAGAAUGAAGGUUAUAUCGAUGGCAUCUUGAGAGGAUACUACUCUGGUAUUUUGAAUUCUUCACAGUAUUUGAACUUUACGCAAUGUGAAACACUUGAAGACCUUCGUCUUCAGUUGGGUGCUACUGAUUACGGUACUUUAUUGCAAAACGAGCCUUCACCGAUCGCUACUUCUACCAUCAAUGAAAAGCUGACUCAAAGUCUUGUUGAGGAAUUUAAUUAUAUUCGUAGUAAUGCUGUUCAGCCUCUUGCCAAAUUUUUGGACUAUAUCACUUAUCAAUACAUGAUUGACAAUGUUAUCUUGAUCAUCACUGGUACUCUUCACGAACGUGAUACCCAUGAACUGCUCGAAAGAUGUCAUCCUCUCGGUGUAUUCGAUACUAUGCCUGCUUUAUGCGUUGCUACUACAGUUGCUGAGUUGUAUAAUACGGUUCUUGUUGAAACUCCAUUAGCGCCUUACUUUGCUAAUUGUCUAAGCGCUCAUGAUUUGGAUGAACUCAAUAUUGAAAUUAUCAGAAACACUCUUUACAAAGCAUACCUUGAAGACUUUUAUGAGUUUUGUCAAAAGAUCGGUGGCCCUACAGCCGAAGUGAUGGGUGAAAUCCUUCGAUUCGAAGCCGAUCGUCGUACGAUCAAUAUCACCAUCAAUUCUUUUGGCACUGAAUUGCCCAAGGAAGACCGUAGAAAGCUGUUCCCAACUAUUGGUCGUCUUUAUCCUGAAGGUAAUGCUCGUUUGGCCAUUGCUGAAGAAAUUGAACAAGUAAAGGCAGCUUGUGACGUAUUCCAUGAAUACAGAUCCUUCUUUGAUACCACAACCAACAAGACAUUAGAAGAUAAAUUCUUUGAAACUGAAGUAUUCUUGAACAGACAAGCUUUCCAACAACAGUUUAACUAUGGUGUCUUUUAUGCUUAUGUCAAGUUGAAGGAACAGGAAAUUAGAAACAUCGUUUGGAUCGCUGAGUGUAUCUCUCAGAAUCAGAAAGAGAGAAUCAACAACUAUAUUCCCAUCUUAUAA